AUGACUGAAAGACAGUUGGUGACAAAUAUGGAUAAAAAGGUCAUUUGUGGCGUACCUUACUCUGCAUUGACAUUUUCAUCAUGCAUGUCUGUGUCACACAACUUGCCAAUGGUUAUUUGCAGAAAAGAAAGAAAGCAGUAUGGAACAGGAAAUAUGGUUGAAGGUGUUUAUGUCAAGAAUGAAACGAAUUGUUUAUUAAUCGAGGACGUCAUUACAAGUGGAGCAAGUAUAAUGGAAACAGCAGAAAAACUUGAAAAUGAAGGUUUAAUUGUGACAGAUGCCCUCGUAUUUUUAACAAGAGAACAACUUCCAUUUUCCAAUAAUAUGCAUGUUUUGAAGAAGGGUGACAAGGAGUAUCGAGUUCAUCCAUGCUUGACCAUGUCGGAAGCGACACAAAUGCUCAUGAAACUUGGUAAAAUGACAGAGGAUACUCGUGAGGAAAUUCUCACCUUCAUUGCAAACAACCAGUUCCCUCAAGAAGCUCAACAAUCAUCUCAACCACAAGUUCAAAAAAAGAAGGAAUUGAGCUUUGCAGAACGAGCACAAUUGGCGAAUAAUGAAUUUUCCAAGAAGUUAUUUAAUUUGAUGGAACAAAAGAAAACAAACUUGUGCAUUGCUGCAGAUAUUACUAGUAAGCAAGAUUUAUUGAAAUUGGCAGAGGAGUGUGGAUCUGAAAUUUGCAUGUUGAAAACUCAUGUCGAUACUUUGGACGACCAACCUGAUGAAGAAUUUACCAAACAACUCAAAGCACUUGCUGAAAAGCACAACUUUUUAAUUUUUGAAGAUCGAAAGCUAGCUGAUAUUGGCAAUGUUGUCAAGCAACAAUACGCAAGGGGACCUUUCAAGAUUGCUCAAUGGUCUGACCUUUGCAAUGCUCAUAUGGUGAGUGGUGGUUCAUCUCUUGUCAAGGCGCUCAAGGAGGCCCUCAAAGAAGAGUCUAUUAAUGAGGCAAGAGGCUUGCUCUUAAUUGCUCAAAUGAGUACUGAAGGAGCUACCACUAAUGAAUCCACUCAACAAGAAGCAUUGCGUGUUGCCCUCGAACAUCCAGACUUUGUAAGUGGUUUCAUUUGUCAAAGCAAACUCCGAGAGGACUUGGACCAAUUUUUAUAUUGCACUCCAGGAGUGAGACUUGAUGUUAAGGGAGAUUCUCUUGGUCAGCAAUACAACUCACCAGAGUAUGUCGUUUGUGAAAAGAAGUGUGACGUCAUUAUUGUGGGAAGAGGCAUUUAUCAUGACAAGGAUCGUAAAGGAGCAGCUCAACUGUACAGAAAACUCGGAUGGGAUGCUUACUUGAAGAGAUUAAAUAAUCAAUAA